GCGAAGGUUAAUAGUAAUGAAACUCAAAACCCUGGCCCUUCUACCUCUGCAAAAGUAGACAAUCAUGAUGCAAUCAUGUCAAUGUUAGUCUCAAUCCAAGAAGGUCAGAAAAGACAAUCUGACGAUAUAAGGUCUUUAAAAGACCGGGUACAAGACAUUGAAGAAUAUGACGAGGGUAAUAAUUAUGAUGAUAAUUAUGAUGAAGGUGAAGAAAACCCCCAUGAUGAUGGGGAAAAUGUAGACAAUGAAAGUGAACCACCUGCUAAGAAGAAGAACAAAGAUGAUAAUAGGUUUUCAUCUAUGUCUAAGAGAUGUAAGGUUCAAGAACUUUGUGAUGUCAAAAUUGAUGAGGUCUUGGCAAAUAAUGUCAAUGAGUUGUUCAGGAAUGGUAUGAAUGAGGAACAGUACUCUGAGUUAACUAAAGAUGAAAACAAUGCAAGACCUGAAAAUUGUGAAGGUUUAUCUAUUGUAAGAAUAAACCAACUCAUGUGGAAUGUAAUUUCACCAGGAGCACAAUCUGCUGAUAAAAAAUUACAAUUUCUUGAAAGAACUAUUGUAAAAGCAGCAACAAUUCUAACAAAAACUGUCAACAAAAUGGCUAUUGACGAAAACAACAAUGCCAAUGGUAACUCUGGUAGUGGAGAAUACAUUGACAAAUGUAAUGAUGUAUUGGCUUUGUUGGGCCAUGCAAACCGCCAAUUUAAUAUGACUAGAAGGGAUUUUUUAGAGCCCGAAAUGAUGGCAGAAUAUGUGCCUCUCUGCUCACACUCUGUUCCUUACACAAACAACCUUUUUGGAGAUGAUGUCUCUAAAGUUGCAAAGGACAUUGAAGAUUGUUCCAAAGUUGGAAACAAGUUGAAGUUUGGUAGUGGCAGAGGUAGAGGCGGAGGCUUCUUCAGAGGUGGUAGAGGAGGCCACAGAGGUACUUUUAGCAGAGGUGGCUACCGUGGAGGAAGAGGUGGCUUCCGAGGAGGAAGAGGUCGAGGUUCCGGCCCUAUUCCAAAAAACUCCCAGAGAGGAGGAAAUCCACAGAAGUAUUAGAUACAUCAAAUGAAUUUAUUGAGCCGGUGCAUUUUCAAAAUCAGAGAGGACGGUGCAAGAGGAGUAGUAAUAGCUCCAUUUUGGCAGACACAAACUUGGUUUCCGAGACUAAUGCAGUUGUUAACAGACAAUCCAAUCGUUCUUCCAAAGAACAAGAAGAUGUUGAAUCUUUCUCACGAUCCACAAUCUGUUCAUCCUUUACACAAGAAAAUGAAACUAAUUGCAUGUCUAGUGUCAGGAGUAGCUUCAGAGAACGAGGAUUUUCUAAAGAAACAACCCACAUACUCAUGUCGUCUUGGAAAUCAAGUACAAAGAAACAGUACCAAGUGUAUAUCAGGAAAUGGUUCAAAUAUUGUAACAAAAAACAAAUUAAUUGCUUUCAAAUUUCUGUAGGAACAGUGCUUGAAUUUUUUACAACUUUAUUUAAGGAAUGUAAUUUAGGCUAUAGUAGUUUUAAAUCUAGCUCGAGGAGCUCUUUCGUCUUUAGGACUUACUAUUGACAGUAUUCCAGUUGGACGUCAUGCAAUGGUGAUAAGAUACAUGAAAGGAAUUUUUAAUCUUCGUCCACCCAGACCUAGAUAUGAAUCUACAUGGGACGUUAGUAAAGUACUACAAUUUUUGCGUAGCCUAUCACCAGUGAAAUAUUUAAAAUUGAAAGAUUUAACAUUAAAACUUACAAUGUUAAUAGCUUUGACAAAUGCAGCUCGAGCUCAAUCAAUUCAUUUCAUGAAUGUUAAUCAUGUACAUAAAGUGAAGGGAGAAUUUAUUUUUGUUUUGAAUGAACUUGUUAAACAAAGCCGUCCUGGUUAUAAGGAGCCAACUGUAAAUAUAAAAGCUUACCCUCCAGA